AUGGUAAACCAAAACGCAAAACCCAACAUGAAAGACACAAAGCUUCCCCUGAGUGAGCAAAAGCACGAGCGAAAGCCCAUUUCCAUCCCGUUCGUAUGGGAAGAAAAACCCGGCACCCCCAAGAAGGACUGGAGACCAAACCCCCGACCGAUCAGCGCCAAUCCCUGCCCGCCACCUGUCAAGUUCGUUGUCUCUGUCCCUUUCGGGUGGGAAGAAAAGCCCGGCACGCCCCUCCAAUCCUACACAUUUCCGAAACGCUCGUCAGAAAAUGAGUACAGAAGCUUCUCGAGUAAUGGAGGACCCAAUGGAUCAUCAGACUCGGAGUCCUCUGAAGCGUGCAGCUUCAAAACGAGCGGCUCAUUUGGCUCCGCACGUGUCCCCGUUCAGCAAGCUGCAGUUGAUCCGGAGAGUGUGGGGCCCGAGAGCCCGGGCUCGCUGGAUGAACGUGCGGCUGAAGGGGCCUCUUUCCUGGAGUGGCUUUUUCCUCUGCUGGUGCCGAGCUCGAGUUUUUCAAAGAGAGAUGGACUCUUGGAAAUGGAUGAUAAAGAGUUUCCGGACGAAAGAAAUUCCAGUCAAGUGAAAAGGCCGCUGUUGACACUUGGGGAGCUGAUAGUGAUGAGCCGAAGGAGAAGUUGCAGGAGGAAAGUUGACAGAAUGCGUGAACAGUCAUCCAUGGACUUCAUGAGGAGGAACGCCCGGGGCUGCUUCGCCUUCGGCAAUGGCAAAAGCAUGAAUGGUCUGCAGAUGAAGUGGAAGAAACAAUUGCAACUUAUUUAA